UGCUAGGAUUACAGGCAUGAGGCACCGCACCCGGCCUCUAAUCUCAUUUUAAAUUAACCCCUUCCAUAGUUUAAAGUUCAAGGGAUACUAACUUCUCUGUGUUCUUCAAAAUGCCUUCCUAAAAGGGUACAAUAUCACCCUUUACUUAUGAAUACAUUAUAACAUAUUUUAACUGCUUGUCUGCCAAUGUUUCAAGGCUGUGAGCUCCAUAAAGGUAAACAUUAUCUCUAAUGUAUUUGUGUCAUUUUCUUCCUUACGCAUGUGUUUUUUUAAAUAUAGAAGUGAAAAACAUAAUGACAUUACUAACUAUAACUGAUCAAACUCAACAAAUAUUACAAGAGUCGAAGAGAAAAUGUAUUUGUAAUUAGUUAAGAAAUGGCCUGACUAAAAAAUUAUUUCUUCAAUUCAGAUAUUUUAACAGAUCCUUUUGUGUCAAUUGUUCAAAACAGCGAUCAUUAAAUGCAGUGCCAUUUAAUGAACCUUGUCUAGAUUCUGAUUCAAACAAAUCAACAAUAAAGACAUUUUGGAGAGUAUUGGGGAAAAUCAAUCACAAAGUAUAAAUUAUAUCAAGGAAUAUUGCUAAAUUUGUGUGACAGUUACAUUGUAGUUAUGUUUAAAAAGGUCUUAUCUAUUAGAGAUGCUUAGUGAGGUAUUUAGAAGUAAAAAUAUAUGAUGCCCGGGUUUUUGUUUUGAAUAUUCCAGAUGUAUUCAUGAAUUACUUCUUUAAAGAGGAAAAUUUUUUAAUUUCAAAAAAUUCAUAGGGACACAUGGUGGCGCUACAGGAUAAGAUGAAAACAGUACAUGGGCUGCCACUGUGGGCUCCAUUAUUCAGAACAGAGAAGAUCUAACUCACUGAAAAGAGCAGUAUUAAAGGAGCUACACCUACAGAGCUGCUGGAGGGCUAUCUGCUCUCCAAGGCAGUUUCUAUUGAAAAAUCAGAGCUUUGGCUUCCAAAUACGGGGCUGAGCUUAAAUUUUUUCACAAAAGAGGUUGCCUGAAGGAACCAUGGAGAUCAGAGGGGUGCUCACUCUGCGGAAAAGGCAAGUCCUGAUUUUCUUUGUUUUGCUGGGAUUGUCUCAGGCGGGUACUGAAUCUGCCCGCUAUUCCGUGGCAGAGGAAACAGAAGUCGGCUCUUUUGUGGCUAAUCUGGCAAGGGACCUGGGGCUGAGGGUGGAGGAGCUGUCCUCACGGGGGGCCCGGGUAGUGUCUGAUGAUAAUGAAAAGCAUUUGCGCCUAGACUUGCUAACCGGGGAUUUGCUCCUAAAUGAAAAACUGGACCGAGAAGAGCUGUGUGGCUCCACCGAGCCCUGUGUGCUGCAUUUUCAGGUGGUAUUGGAAAACCCUUUACAGUUUUUUUGGGCUGAGCUGCAUGUCAAAGAUAUAAAUGAUCAUUCUCCUGCAUUCCUGGACAAGGAAAUACUUAUUAAGAUAUCAGAAAGUACUACUACUGGAACCACAUUCCUAAUGGAGAGUGCUCAAGAUUUGGAUGUUGGAAGCAACAGUCUCCAAAACUACACAAUUAGCCCCAAUUCUCAUUUCUACAUUAAAAUUCGAGACAGUGGUGAUGGAAAGAUAUACCCAGAACUGGUCCUAGAUAGAGCGUUAGAUCAUGAGAAGGAACCUGAACUCAGAUUAACACUCACAGCACUGGAUGGUGGAUCCCCACCCAAGUCUGGGACAACUUUGGUUCUCAUCGAGGUCUUGGACAUGAAUGAUAAUGCGCCUGAGUUUCUUCAGGGUCUCUAUGAGGUGCAGGUCCUGGAGGACACACCCCUUGGCUCCUGGAUUAUCACCAUCUCUGCUAAGGACUUGGAUGCAGGAAAUUAUGGGAAAAUAUCUUACACAUUUUUUCAUGCAUCGGAAGAUAUUCGUAAAACAUUUGAAAUCAAUACAAUAUCUGGGGAAAUUAAUUUGAGAUCAAGCCUGGAUUUUGAAGUAAUACAGUUCUACACUAUAAAUAUUCAGGCAACAGAUGGUGGGGGUCUUUCAGAAACAUGUACCCUUCUAGUUAAAGUAAUAGAUGUAAACGACAACCCACCAGAAGUGACCAUGUCGUCAAUUACAAAGACAAUUCCAGAGAAUGCCUCAGAGACCUUAGUGGCUCUUUUCAGUGUCCGAGACCAAGAUGCUGGGGACAAUGGGAGGAUGGUUUGUUCUAUUCAAGAUGAUCUCCCUUUUUUUCUGAAGCCAACUUUCAAGAACUUUUUCACUCUAGUUUCUGAAAAAGCACUAGACAGAGAGAGCAGAGACGAGUACAACAUCACCAUCACAGUCACUGACUUGGGGACUCCCAGGCUGCAAACACACUACAACAUAACGGUGCUGGUCUCCGACGUCAACGACAACGCCCCCGCCUUCUCCCAAAGCUCCUACACCCUGUUCGCCGAGAACAACAGCCCCGCCCUGCACAUCGAGCGUCAGCGCCACAGACGAGACUCGGGCUCCAGCCAGGUCACCUACUCGCUGCUGCCGCCCCGCGACCGCACCUGCGCUCGCCUCGCUCUGGCCAUCAACGCGGACAACGGGCAGCUGUUCGCCCUGAGGUCGCUGGACUUCGAGGCCCUGCGGGCGUUCGAGUUCCGCGUGGGCGCCGCAGACCGAGGCUCCCCCGCGCUGCGCAGCGAGGCGCUGGUGCGCGUGGCGGUGCUGGACGACAACGACAACCCGCCCUUCGUGCUGUACCCGCCGCAGAACGGCUCGGCGCCCUGCACCGAGCUGCUGCCCAGGGCGGCAGAGGCCGGCUACCUGGUGAGCAAGGUUGGCGGUGGACGGGACUCGGGCCAGAACGCCUGGCUGUCGUUCCAGCUGCUCAAGGCCACGGAGCCCGGGCUGUUCAGCGUGUGGCCGCACAACGGCGAGGUGCGCACCGCCAGGCCGCUGGGCGAGCGCGACGCGGCCAGGCACAGGCUGGUGGUGCUGGUGAGGGACAGUGGCGAGCCCGCGCUGUCUGCCAGCGUCACGCUGCACGUGCUGCUGGUGGACGGCUUCUCGCAGCCCUACCUGCCGCCGCCGGAAGCGGCCCCGGCCCAGGCCCAGGCCGACUCGCUCACCGUCUACCUGGUGGUGGCCUUGGCCGCGGUGUCGUCGCUCUUCCUGUUCUCGGUGCUGCUGUUCGUGGCGGUGCGGCUGUGCAGGAGGGACCGGGCGGCCUCGGGGGGUCGCUGCUCGGUGCCUGAGGGCCGCUUUCCGGGCCACCUGGUGGAUGUCAGCGGCGCGGGGACCCUGUCCCAGAGCUACCAGUAUGAGGUGUGUCUGACGGGAGGUAGUGGAACAAAUGAGUUUAAAUUUCUGAAGCCAAUUAUCCCCAAUUUUCAAGUCCAUGACACUGGUAGGAAUAUGGGGGAAAAGGAGAACUUUCGGAAUAGUUUUGAAUUCAACAUUCAAUAAAACAAUUUACUUUAAACUUUCUAUUUUUUACUAUUCUUGGCAAACUAGGGGUACUUUUUGCUUGAUGUAGACUCUAGGUUAUACAGUCGCUGUGUGCAUGAUCAUUGCUUAUGCUCUCCUGACAGUUGCUUUAAAAAUCCUUAUUAGUGGCUAUAAUUAUAUUGAAAUAUAAUCUGUGUCUUCUGGGUUUUCAUUUAUUUAGUCAAAAAUGUUAUAUUAAUGGAGUUAUUGCUAUUUUGGUAUGAUAAUGGUAUUGUUUCGCAAGACACUGUCAAUUAUUUGGGUAUGCAAACUAGAGUAUUACAAGCAAAUAUCAAAGUUUAUGUAAUUUACUUUUAGACACCAUUAAAACAAAAGUUAAAAAUAAAAAAUGUUGUUGAAUAUGGGUGGAAUGUAUGUUGGAUCGAUCGCACUAUUUUCUCUGAAAUUUUUUAUCAUAAAGGGUCAAAAAGAUGCUACCCCUCCAUUUUCACUAUUGGAGAAACUUAUUUGUUUGUUCUUCAAGGAUUUACUUUCUGGUAAAAUUAAAGUGACCACACUGGAAAUUAUUGAUUUCUAAAAUAAUUUUUUCUCCAAUCAUAUUUUUGUUGUUGAUGAUGCUGUUGUAGAGGAGGAGUCCUACAAUGCUCUGGGCCUUGAUAUUGAUAUUUAGUUUUCUUUAAAUAUGCCAUGUUUAUGAGUUUAAAUUUUGUAUUGUUCACUACUAAAACAGAAAAUAGUUUAGAGUCCUAUUCUGAGUAAAAUAACCUUCCAUCAGAAGAGUACAAGACAAAAACUUCUUUAAAAAUUGAAAUGAAGACUGAAACUGUCAAAGAAAAUGAUUUAAGUUCACUUCUCUAUUCAUCAUUGAGUAAAUAUAAAACAUCAUUCAUAAUGUGUUGCCUCUCUCAAAUGCCUACAAGGAAGGAAUCAGUCUGCAUUUAUGGUUUAUAGAUUCCCCAUCAUGUUACAAAUUAUAAUAUCUCAAAUCUAUAAGUGGACAGCCAAAUGGAAGAUUAUAGAUAGAGAUUUAUUAACUAGAAUAUAGCAUGGAUAUAGGGCUAGUAUAUAUAUAUAUAUAUUUGUACUUGCUCUCAUAAAAAAUAAAUACUAUUAUAGACUAGAUGAUUUCAUAAAAUGGAAUUUCACUUGCCAUUGCAAAAUAGGUGCAACAAAUUCCAAUUUCCUUAGGAAUCUUUUUUCCCUCUGCUUCAUGAAAUUUGAACUGGUUUUAUUUUGUAUUGCAACAGGUAUUUAUUAGUUGUGUGGACUUCAUUUAAAUUGAUGUUUAAACAAUAAAAUCCUGAAAAGAAUGGUUGGGUCCUCAUUAUCCCUCAGAGUCAUAAGAAACAAAACCAUACCCAUGAAAACCACACGUAGAUCAAACAAGUAAAAACUGAAGACAGAAGGAAAGAAGAAUAGAAUAAGAAGGUAGAAAAAAAGUGAAAUGGAAAAAAGAAUAAGAGUAGUGUAUCUUUACUUCCACCAUUAUCCAAUUAUAAAUGAAAUUUUAAAAUAGUAGUAAAAUACUAUGUUUCUAGGAAUGAGCCUAAAAAGGAAGGCAGAAAACCUUUAUUAAAAAAUGAUGUAAAUAAAACAAUAAAUAAAAUAAUUAAAUGUCUAAAGAAAUUGAGAAAGAUACUGUUUUCUUGAUAGAACAACUUAACACAAUAAAGAGCUAUUCUUCCCAAAAUAAUUUAUAAAUUCAACAUAAUACUGAUGAAAUUCAUGAUAAGUAGGUAAAGAUCUACAAAUAGUUCCUAAUAUUAAUAUGGAUGAUAAAGUUUCACAAGGAGUUAAGAUAUUUUUAGAAAGAAAAAUGGGGCAAUGCCUAAAAAGAAAAAUAGGUGAAUGCUUUACAUUAUAGAUAUUAGUACAGAUUACAAAUCUAAAGUAAGUAUAAUAAAUCUAUUUCAAUGAUUCAGAAACAGACUCACAAACUACCAGAUAGAAUAGAAUCCAUGGUCCGAUCUUUAAAUAAAAGAGAACUUGUUCAUGAUAUAGGGGGUGUAAAAUUAUCACAUGGAUUAAUAUGAAAUCACGUGUACAGACUAUGUAGAGAGCUUUCUGACAGUGUUUACUGAAAUUUAACCUGUACAUACUCUAUAAUUAAGCAAUUCUACUUUGGGCUAUAUAAUAUGCCAGAAAACUCUUUCACAGCUUUAGAAAAUGAUGCAUAUAAGAAUGUUUUCCUUGGGAAAGCAAAGAAUAGUAAUCUACUUACAUAUCCAUCAGUAAAGCAAUUGAUGAAUAAAAUGUAUAACAUGUUGGUAAAGGAUUAUUAUGCAGCGACUAAAAUAAGUGAACUAGGUAUGCAACCACAUGGAUAAAUCCCAAAUGCUUUAAAAGAAAAAAAAGAGACUGAGAUUUAUAGUACUGUGAAAUAAAUA